AUGAAUGAAAUGCUCGACCAUUCUCCUUUCACCUUGCACUGCACCUUGACAUCUCCAUCAUCCUUGUCCCAUGCAAUCCUUGACUGGCAACCCGCGACCAGCCCAACCUCCCCCAUUCGACCUUUGUCUUUGUCGAUCUCAAGACUCUUUGAAUCCGUAGUCGCCUGUCGCAAGCGCAAUAACAAUAAUAACACCACCGCUACCGCCGGCGCAUCUUGUCGCAACUUGUCGCAUCUUUUCCACACAGCAAUCGGUAGCUUCUUGCCUGGCCGUUUGGGCUCCCAACCGCCGGCCAUGUUGUUCGCCGUCAUGUUCGCGGCGACGCGAUUCCUCCAAAUCGUCACCUUGAUCCCAACCAUGGGCAUGCUCGCCUGGUUCGUCGAUGGCUUCGUAAAGCGCAACGUUAUCGUCCCCGACUCUAUCCUUGUCCUCUUCAUCGUCUCCGUCCUCGCCCUCGCCUGGGCUAUCUUCACCCUCUUCAGCUAUCACCGCAGCAGCACAAAUGCACUCUUCGUCGCAGUCAUCGACCUUGGUUUCGUUGGUGCCUUCAUUGCCGCCGUCUGGUACCUUCGCGGCAUCAACUAUGUCGACUGCACAAACCUCGCACGCGACGGCCGCUGGUCUGCAAACUUCCCCGGCCUCGUCACCAUCUCUGGGCCCCGCUUCAACCUCUUCACCGAUAAGCCCUGUGCCAUGCUCAAGGCAUCUUGGGUCUUUGGCAUCAUCAACACCAUCCUCUUCUUCUUCACCGCCGUUCUCGCCUGGAUGCACGGUGACCGCCUGUCCUCCAGCUACGAGCGCAAGUCCUACCACCACGGCCGUCACCGCCGUCACCGCUCCCACAGCCACCGCUCCCACAGCCGUCGCAGCUCCCACUCUCACCGUCGCGUCUACGUUUAA